GACUUUUCUUUUUCUUUUCAUCCCUAUUUCAAGUCGUCUCCGAUUCCAAGUAUUUCCCUAUAAAAUCAAAUUUCUGGGUUUCUUCUUUGGAAGAACGAAAAUGGCGGUGGAAUUGAUGAUGGGAUAUGGUGUUGCUGGGGAAACAGCUUUGAAAGAAGCUGCAACUGCUGGGAUUCAAGGCUUUGAGGAAUUGAUAAGAUUGAUGUCCAAAGCUCAACAUCUUUACAAUCAAGACGAUUCUUUUAAAACUUCUUCUUCAUCAGAUUCAGAGUCAAGCAUUGAGAUCCAAGCUGCUACAGAUAAGACUGUAAAUUCUUUCAAGAAGGUUAUUUCUUUGUUGGGUCGUCCCAGAGCCGGCCAUGCUCGGUUCCGACGCGCCCCGGUUAGUCCUCUCCUACAAGACGAGAAACACAAGCGAUUAGAAACCAAAGCAAAGGUGUCUGCUUUUAAGCCGUUUUGUCCGGCACAACAAGUUCAUAGGUUGCCUCCUUUGCCUCAUAAUCAUCAACAGAGUAAAAACAGCGCUGUUACGGUGGCGGUGAAGACCGGUGAAGGAUCUGGCACGAUUAAUUUCUCAUCGAUGACAGGGGAUAGUGAUAGCAUGCAGCUGCCAUCUUUCUCUUCCCAUGGUCCAUCUGGUAAACCUCCACUUUCUUCCUCUUUGAAAAGGAAAUGCAAUUCCAUGGAUGCUGCUGCUCUCAAGUGUGGAUCAUCAUCUGGUCGUUGCCAUUGCUCCAAGAAGAGGAAUUCAAGAGUGAAGAAAGUUAUUAGAGUUCCAGCAAUCAGCAAUAAGAUUGCUGAUAUUCCUCCUGAUGAUUAUUCCUGGAGAAAAUAUGGGCAGAAACCAAUCAAGGGUUCUCCUCAUCCAAGGGGGUAUUACAAGUGUAGCAGCGUCAGAGGUUGUCCUGCGAGGAAACACGUGGAACGAGCAUUAGACGAUCCGAAGAUGCUGAUUGUAACAUAUGAAGGGGAUCACAACCACAGGCAAAACAUCAGUGAUGCACCGGCAACUAUGAUCCUGGAGUCAUCUUAGUCUCCCCCAAUACAACGGCCCUGAAAUGAUCAAUCAAAAUCGAAUCAAACCCAAGAUCAGACAAUCUGUAAAGUUGUAAGAG